AUGGACCGAGUGGCAAAGUUGGCGUCGCAGAAGGCGGUGGUGAUAUUCAGCAAGAGCUCGUGUGGGAUGUGCCACGCCAUCAAGAGGUUGUUCUAUGAGCAAGGAGUUGGGCCGGCGGUUUAUGAGCUGGACGAAGAUUCUCGGGGCAAGGAGAUGGAGUGGGCCCUCAUCAGGCUUGGCUGCAACCCGGCCGUCCCCGCCGUGUUCAUCGGCGGCCGCUUCGUCGGCUCCGCCAAUACUGUUAUGACCCUUCACCUCAAUGGCUCCCUCAAGAGAAUGCUCAGGGGUGCCGGAGCUCUCUGA